AUGCAAGAAUGGAUUGGUAUCGCGGGUGUCACCAUUUACGCGCCCACCAUUUUUGGCAUUGCCGGAAUGAGUCCCGAGAAACGCCAAAUUGCAGGGCUCAACAACAGUUUCUACAUGUUUUCGACGUUGAUCUGUGUUUUUACGCUGGAUCGUAUAGGUCGUCGGUGGACCUGCUACUGGGGAUCUGUCGGGCAAGGCAUCGCCAUGGCCAUCGCUGGUGGAUGUUCCAGACUCGGGCAAGAUGCCCGUGCCAGCGGCAACCUCAGCAAGGCCAGCGGCUACGGAAAUGCUGCCGUGGCCAUGCUCUACAUCUUCACGUUUGUUUUGGCGCAACGUGGUUGA